GUACUCGGUACUUACCAGUCAGUCACUGUUCGCUACUUAACGUACGUAAGACGCCUACAGUUGCUGUUGUCUACCGUUGCUUGUUUUCAACCGCGAAUUUAUCGUUGUUCAGUUCAAUUUUUUUGUCCGGACCUAGACCAUCUGCUUAAGCGCAGGCCACGAUCCUUCGCUAACUAUACCAAUCCGUUUGCCGCCGACAUCGUGGUAGGCUGAACAGAUUACAUAUCGCCGUGCUAGUGACAAGACAAUGAAACGGUUAGUAGUGAUUAUUCAUGUCCUACUUGCUGCUAGCUCUAGCGGUUUGAUGUAUAAAGACUUAAUUGAUUUAGAAGAACUUACAGAUAUUUUUGGUUUAUCAUUCUGCGUUGAAGGCUAUCUGAUGGCUGGUGCACUAGUACUAAAUUCAGAUAGAAAUUCAUAUUCACAAUUGAAUUCUUUGUUACAAAAUGAUUAUUCAGCAGAAAACAAUACAUCCAUUGAUAAAGAUAAAACCCCUAUGUGUCUUGUUAAUGAGUUAGCAAGAUUUAAUAAGAUCAAACAUCAAUACAAGCUAACAAAUGAACAAGGGCCACCACAUAAAAAAAAAUUUACUGUUACUUUACAAUUAGGAAAUGAAGAGUACAAUGCAGAUGCAAUGAGUAUUAAAAAAGCUCAACAUGCUGCAGCUGCUCUUGCUUUAUCAAAAACGAGUUAUAAUCAACCACAAACUAAAAUGAAAUUAAAAGCUUCUGGUCAUUAUAAUAAUAUUACUCCGACUGUGGAGCUCAAUGCAUUGGCGAUGAAACGUGGAGAACAAACAGUUUAUACUGUUAUAGAAACACCUCAAUAUUUACCAACACCACAACCUCCUAACCAAUUUAAUGGUUUCAGACCAGAGAUGUAUUCACAUGCAAGAACAACAGGACCUUAUAAUAACUUCAAUAAUUUAGUUACCAGAGGCGGACCUCGAUGUAUACCAUAUGUACCAAAUUUCUAUAAUGCACGUUUCAAUGUUUCUCAGGUUCCUCCACCAAAUAAUUAUAUUAAGCCUGAAGUAAAACCUGUAGGCGUUUAUAAGGUUAAACUUCAAAUUGGUAAACAUGAGUUUAUUGGACACGGUAAUACUAAUCAAGCAGCAAGACAUGAUGCUGCGUUGAAAGCUUUAACACAAAUUAAAAAUGAAGAAAAAAAUGAAAACAUCAAAGAAGUUUUAAAGUCUGGUGAUUCAAAGUCAGUAAUUUCACAAGUUUAUGAAGUAGCUUUAAAAAUGAAGCUACCUAUCAAAUUUGAAGUUUUGAAAGAAGAUGGACUACCACAUAUGAAAACCUAUAUCACUAAAUGUACAGUUGGAACUUACAAUGCUACUGGUGAAGGGAAUGGAAAAAAAAUUUCAAAACGCCGUGCAGCAGAAAAAAUGCUUCAAACUUUGAAAGAAGCAAAUGAAUCUCUUUUAGUAGAUGAUAAUACUUCUCCAACACUUCCAUUACCAACAAAGAAUCGUUAUAAAGUGCCCAGAAAAAAAAAUAAAAAUCUAAUCAAAGAAACAAAACCAAAUUCUGAAAAUAUUGAACCCAUGAUGAAUUAUAAAACGGAGGAUACUGAUCCAGUUGCAAAACUUUUUAAAAUACAAGCUACUAAAAAAGAAAAAGAACCAUUAUAUGUUCUUAAAGAAGAUAUCAUACACACAAAUCGUAAAAAAGAAUUUAUUUUUGAAGUUUCAAUUGGACAGAAUUCCGCAUUAGGUAAAGGACCUAAUAAGAAGGAUGCUAAACGUAAUGCAGCUGAAAACCUAUUAGUGGAAAUGGGUUAUGAGAGUGAACUUAAAAGACGUUCUAUUAAAAAUAAUGAUUUACCUUUGGCAAGUAAUGAAAACAAAGCAAAUAUAGACAGCCCACGAAAAAAUGGUCGACAAAUUGCUCCUGGUGUUUUACUUGUAUCACCUGACACAUCAAUAACAAAUAAACCUAGUCAAGGAAACGAUGGAGUUCCUUUGGUGUCAGUUGCUAGUAACAUGGCCAAUGAUUUUUCAGUCAUAAAUUUUCAACCAACUCAACAAUUGGACUAUUUUUCACAAAUGUUGGGUUUUAAAGUGCAGUAUUCUGAGUUUCCAAAGGGAAACCACAAGGAUUAUUUGACAUUAGUAUCCCUAUCAACCAUGCCUCCACAGAUCUGCCAAGGCUCUGGUUCUACUUUGGAAAAUUCUCGUAAUGCUGCUGCGUUAAAUGCCAUCAGUUCCUUGGUAAACCUUAAUAUUCAAACAGAACCAGCACAACAAGGACCUGUGAAUGGAUUUUCUAUUCAGCAAAAUCAUUACAAUAGUAAUCCUAUAACUAGGCUUAGUUAAACAUUCUCCUCUCUCGGAUAUGUAUUAGUUAUGUAUAUUUGUUUAGUUAACUGGUAAAAACGUAGUUUCCUUGAUAUUUGUUGAAUUUGUUAUUUAAAAAAAUAUUGGUUAUAGUUGAAUUUUUUAUUUAAAAGAGCAAGUACUUUUAAAAAUAAUUAU